AUGCGGAAACUUGAGUAUCACAUGCUCAAAGGCUUGACGUACCUGGAUCACGGGGGCACUACUCUCGCACCAAGGUCGUUGCUUAACUCAUUUUGCAGUGAGAUGCAGCGUACUCUGCUUGCCAAUCCGCACUCGGAUGCUUCGAACCCAAGUGCCACUGCCAUAAUGGUAGAGUCUGUGCGGCUUGAGGUGCUGAAGAUGUUCCAAGCCGACCCAGAACAUUUCGACGUCGUCUUCACAGCGAAUGCGACUGCUGCCAUCAAGCUCGUUGCAGAAGGCUUCUCUGGGUUGGAAGAGGGUUUCGAUUACUUUUACCACCGUAACAGUCACACAAGCUUGGUUGGUGUCCGUGAGCUCGCUUGUAGUAACCAUUGCUUCACGUCGAAUGUGGAAGUGGUUGACUGGCUCGCUGACAGCGUCCGUGCCACUGACGUGCCACAACGGCCAAUACUAUUCGCCUAUCCUGCACAAUCGAACAUGAACGGUGAACGGCUUCCACUAGACUGGGCCAAGAAGCUGCGUCUCUCCGCCAACCACGAGAGAGCAUAUACUCUCCUCGAUGUCGCUGCCUUGGUAUCAACGAGUCCUUUAGACCUAAGCGAUCAUUCGGCUGCCCCCGACUUCACCGCCCUCUCCUUCUAUAAGAUCUUUGGCUUUCCCGACCUUGGCGCGUUGAUAGUACGCAAAGCCGCUGGCCACAUCUUCGAUCAACGCAGAUAUUUUGGGGGCGGCACAACAGAGAUGACAACAUGCACUGGCGAUGUAUGGGUAGCUCGAAAAGAUUCCAGCCUACAUGCGCGAUUGGAAGACGGGACAAUCGCGUUCCGAAGCAUCCUUGCCCUGAAGUUUGCCAUAGCAACGCAUAGGGAGUUGUUUGGUGGGCCUGGACAAGUAUCCAAACACACCAGCUGGCUUGCCAGGAAUCUCUAUGAGCGUCUUGCCGGUUCGAAUCACCUCAACGGUAUGCCAAUGUACCGUAUUUACAAAGCAGCCGACUCGAAAUACCACGAUCCAAAGACGCAAGGUGCGACAAUCGCUUUCAAUGUGUGUAGGAGCAAUGGAUCAUACACGGGCCCAUGGCAUGUUGGCUGCUUCCUUCGGAGACACGACAUUCAUAUCCGCACAGGCACUGUGUGCAAUCCUGCUGGAAUGGCGUGCGCACUGGGCCUCAACUCUGAGUGGCUCCGAAAAGCCUUCGAGAAGGGGUAUCGAUGCAACACGGAGCAGGAUGUUGUGGAACAGAUACCUGUUGGUGUGGUUAGGGUUACUUUCGGUGCUAUGAGUACCCUUGAAGAUGUCGAGAAGCUCGUCAGCUCCUUAGCGCACACCGGUAACGGAAGGGCUCCAAAGUCGAACAGAAACUGA